AGUCGGGACAUGUGCACAAGCAAAGAGGGCUCAUUGGGCAGAUUCUGCUCUGGCUGCUCCGGGAGUUGUUCCUGCCACCGCUCAGCCGCUCACGGGCUCUAUACAUAGUUUCCCAUCCCAACAUGCUCCGGUCGCUACAGCGGCUGGCUAAGCGACGAGCGCUGCCUCCCGCGCCCGGGGCAUAGGGAGCCCGGCGGGACCCAGGCGGAGUGCGAUCCCCAAACGCUUUGGGCUAGACUGCCCCUUACCCAGCCAUGUGCGGAAGUAAGGCCUCUCUGCUGCAUAGCCUGAUUUCAUAGCAAUAUCAGGAAAAGUUCCACUGUAGACCAUGCCUGUCCCUCCCCCUCCAGCUCCUCCGCCUCCCCCAACUCUUGCACUGGCAAAUACCGAAAAGCCUUCCUUAAACAGGUCUGAACAAGCAGGGCGAAAUGCUCUCUUAUCUGAUAUUAGCAAAGGAAAAAGGCUAAAAAAGGCUGUUACUAAUGAUAGAAGUGCCCCUAUCCUAGACCAACCCAAAGGAUCUGGUGGCGGCGGCGGUGGUGGUGGUGGAGGAAGUGGUGGAGGAGGAGGCGGCGGUGGUGGCUAUGGCGGAGGUGGACCACCUGGCUUAGGAGGCCUGUUUCAGUCAGGAAUGCCAAAGCUCAGAUCUGCAGCAAAUCGAGAUACAGAUUCUGGAGGAAACAGACCUCCCAUGCUGCCACCAGGAGCAAGAACAACAUCUGCCAAGCCUUUUUCACCUCUAGGUGCCACAGGGAGAUUUCCAGGGCCUUCUUUGGGGCAAAGAAGUACCCCUCCCGAACCACAGAGAAACCGAAUGCCACCUCCGAGACCUGAUUUUGGUUCCAAACCAGAUACAGGACCUCCUCCAGUGCCAAAUACUCCAAGACCCAUUCCAUCAGGUUUACACAACAGAGUAUCUCCUCCUGUGCCAGGAGCAAACAGGCAAACCAGCACAGGGCCUAUCCCUCCAUCUUUCCCAGGAAACAGAAAUACAGGAUUCGGAGGAUCUAUUCGCCAGUCGACUCCAAGUUCCUCACCUUCUUUCUCUAACAGACCUCCCCUUCCUCCUGCACCUGGCAAGUCAACAGAUGACAAGCCGCCGCCACCGCCACCUCCAGCAGGAAACAGGGCAUCCGUCAACCGGGAACCUUCCUUUCCACCUCCACCACCUCAAAACAGUAAACCUCCCGUUCCUUCCACACCUCGGCCACCCGCGGUCUCACAGGCUCCACCCCUGCCUCCAGGCAGACCAGGCUUACCUCCAGUUCCACCCAUUUCCAGUGGAAAUGAUGACAUGCCACGUCUUCCACAAAGGAAUCUCUCUCUAGGUUCUCUUGCUCCUCCCAGCUUGCCUGGGACAGGUCGAUCUGGCCCUCUUCCUCCCCCUCCAAAUGAGCGGCCUCCUCCUCCAGUAAGAGAUCCACCUAGCAGAUCAGGACCCCUUCCACCUCCUCCCCCUGUAAACAGAAAUGGCAGCAUUUCACGGGCAUUGCCUGCUACUCCACAGCUGCCUUCCAGGGCAGGAUUAGAAAACCAGAGAGGUGGACCAAGGCCUCCACUUCCUCCUGACAGACCUGGUUCCGGAGCUCCUCCACCACCACCUCCUGCAUCAUCAUCGGCAAUCAGAAAUGGCUUCCAGGACUCAUCAUGUGAAGAUGAGUGGGAAAGCAGAUUUUCCUUCCAUCCGAUAUCUGACCUGCCACCUCCAGAGCCAUAUGUUCCAAUGAACAAAAGUUACCCCAGUAAACUAGCAAGGAAUGAAAGCAGAGAUGGCUCUGGCCGAAGGGAAAGAGGUGUCCCACCGCUCCCACCUAUACCGAGGUGAAGUGGAUUUCCAGCCCUUCUCAGGGUGACUGCUGUUUUUAAAUUUCUCAUGAAUUACUUCUCACGCCCAUGUCAUUGGAAAGUUGCCUCUUCUGCUUUAUUUCCACUUUUGGCUUGUGAUUAGGGGUAAUUUGAGUAUCUAUUAGAGAAGUAAGGUACAGUUUAUGUACCAUAGUUGCUUAAAACUAUAGAUUUUACUUGCUUAUAUAGCAGGCUGUCAUGAAAGGCAUUUCGGGGACCAUAUAGAACAAUAUACAUAUUCUUACUGGGUCCCAUCCUGUUCCCAGUGAUCUUGGUGGGAGUUUUGCCAUUGAAUUCAACAAGAGCAGGCACAAGCCCACUAACUAGUUUUGGGUGAAGUAGUUAUAACAUUUGAACUACAGAGUCCAAUAAUUUCCUGCUGUCUGCCUGGAAAUUAAUCACAUGGGGACAGCACACAGAUGAGAUUCCCUUGGAUCUUUUUUUGCACGCUUCAACGCCCUAUCCUGCUUCUGCAUGCUACUGCUCAACUUUAUGUGAGCCUGCAAGUUAACUGUUCAACCCAAAUUCUUUUGACCAUAGUUUAGCCUGUCAGAAGCAUGUGUUUAUGCUACAGAUUGCACACCCUUCCCCUGAGUGUGACAAGUAAAUGGCAUCGUUUUCUGACACCCCACCAGCACUGGGCUCCAGCAGAGGCUAUCUCCAGCCUUCAUUCUCGAGGGGAAACGUUGCCAUGACAUGAAGGAGAAUUCUCAAAAGAAAAGAGAAAAUUGAAAAUUCAGCAGAGUAUGGCUGAUAUGACCCUGUAUGGCCCUGAUGCCUUGUUUUGUAAUAGUCUUAUGCUGUUAAUCUCUACUGAUUCUUUCCAUUUGGAUGUGGAUCAUGCCCUCAAAAUUGGAUUACUGUAAUGCUCUUUAUGUUGGGUUACACCUGAAGACUACUCAAACUGCGGCUAGAUCAAAAUGCAGCCUCCCCCUUAAUUAUAUGCUCCUUCUGUGAAGCCUGCUAACACCUGUGCUCCACAGAUUGCAUUGGCUUCCCAUUUGUUUCUGGGUAUAAUUCAUUAGUCAAAAACAUCUUGAAGCUCUGUGUGGUUUGGCUGCUCAAGAAAGUGCUUCUCCCUUGUGUUGCAUGGCAAUUGAGAUCAACUGAGUGCCCUCACAUUUAAACAGGAGGGGUCUGGUGGAAGGGCAUUUUCUAGUGAAAGCCAUAAACUCUAGAACUCGCUGUCCAUGCUGGUUCAACAGGGGUGCAGUGUAUUGACCUUCUGAGCUUGCUCCAUGGCCUGCCUGGGUCCAAACUUUUGUUUGAGGGUAUCAGGAGGGAUCUGAAGGAAAUUCCCUUAUUAGGAGAAAGCAAACUUUUUUUUAAGCAUUGUGGUGAUUGGUGAAAUUGCAGAUCUGCUUUUAAAUAUUGUACAUGAGCAAAGAAUGUUUGUUUAGUGCAUUUUAUAAACUGAUGUAAACAUGGAAAAAGACAUUGGAAAUCAUAGGAGGACUUUGAUUCUGGAUUUGAACGUGUCUGAUGAAUGUAUCUCUGUCAGCUGGACUUCUGAAAGUUCGCUUUGAAGAAUGACUUUCC